AUGGAAAAACAAAGAGAAAUUAUUAAAUCACAAGCAGAAAAUGCAUCUAGAGUGCUUUUAAAGUAUGUUAAAUCAAUAGAAAAAAAAAAACAAAAAAAACAAAAUAUUUUAGCUUUAGAUGAAUCCGAUCUAAGAUAUUCAUUAUCAGUAUGGGUUAUUUUAACUACAAAAACAUUUAUUGUUGACAAAAAAAGGCUCAAACCAUCAAAAAUUGUCUUAAAACACCCUAUCAUUAGCCCAGACAGUGAAUGCUGCUUAAUUGUAAAAGAUCCCCAACGAUUUUAUAAGGAUUUGGUUGUAUCUGCAAAAUUAAGUACACGUGUUACAAAAGUAGUCGGCGUAUCUAAAUUGCGAAAAAAAUUCAAAUCUUAUGAACAAAGAAGAGUGCUCCGGGACUCAUAUGACCUAUUUUUAGCAGAUGACCGAGUAAUCCCGUUACUCCCAAAACUUUUAGGAAAAGUAUUUUAUGAAAAAAAACGACAGCCAAUUCCAAUUGAUUUAGCGACAAAAUCCACACCAGAACAUCUCCUCAAAGAAGUAGAAAAAGCAUAUAGCUCAACGUAUCUCCAUUUGUCCCCUGGGACAUGUACAAGUAUAAAAUGUGGUGCAAUUUGUCAAACACCGGAGCAAAUUGCGGAAAAUAUUCAAAUCAUUACAACUACACUUGCUGAAAAAUUUGUUAAAGACAAAUGGAAAGGUAUAAGAGGAUUUCACAUUAAAACAAACGAGAGUAUUGCCUUACCCAUAUGGAUUAAUGAGAAUGUUUUUGAUCCAGACGUCGAUAAAGUUAAAGAGACAUCCUUAGUAACUACAACUGAAAACAAAAAAAGAAAGCUCAAUGAUUCAAAUGAAAAAAAUUCCGAAAUAGAGGAAAGCUCAGAAAACUCUCAACCUAUACAAAAUAUACAGAAAAAAAGACAUCAUGAAAAUAUAUUAGAUAACGAUUUAAAAAAAAAUAAAAAACAAAAAAAAUAA